GGCCAGCGCGUGACGACCAAUGGCACCCUGGACGCGUUCCUGGUGGCCGGCGCCCCUCGCCUGCACACCCAGAGGCGCCACGUCGCCCUCCGGAAGAACCUCACCCUCCAGCAUGACGACAUCGAGUACUGGGGCGUCUACCUUCUCGAGGGCUCCAGCUUCUCCCUCUCCUCUUGCGCAAGAUGGCCCGGCGGAACCCUCCUGGUGGUGGAGGGCGAGGAGAACCUGCGCAAGUGCUUCUACAAGGAGCAGAAGCUGGAGAACGAGCUCAACGGCGGGACGAAGGUGCUGAAGACCGUCUACCACGGAGACACCGACGCCGAGCCCGACGACGGCCCGAGGGACGAGGACAACGACGAGGACAACGACGACGUCGGCGGCGAGGUCUUCGACGACGACCACGAGCACGACCUGCGUCUCCUGGAGGCUGACGACGGCGAGGAGAGGGACAUCGAGGGCAACGGCGACGGGGUGGACCUCUCGCCCUCCCUGAGCCACCCCAAGAACCUCAAGGCCCGCAAGAACGAGAUGGGCAAGGCGAAGCGCAAGCCCAGGAAGGGCAAGAAGCACAGGAAGGGCAAGAAGAACGACAAGCAGGACGACCAGGAGGAGGCGCGCCGAGGGCGGUCCCGCAGGUCGCGCCUCGUGGAGCGCGUCCGCCGCAGCAGCCCCGGCUUCGACGACAACCGCGAGGUCUCGCUCGCGGAGAAGCUGGAGAUCCUGCGCAGGCUGAACGACACGGUGGACAUCACGUCGGGCAACUCCUCGUUCUCAAGCAGCGAGGAGUUCCUGGAGCAGUGCAAGGACACCAUCCUGACGGUGGACCUGUCGCCCUUCGUCGACUGCCGCGACCGCAUGGACAGAAUGAACCUCGCCAGCGACGGCCAGUGGACCUUCAAGAUCAACAAGACGGACUACUACUACUUCAUCUUCACUUCGGACAACUCCAUCGAGCUGAACCUCCUGGACUUCAACCUGGACCUGCAGCGCGCGAUCUACGACGUGAGUUCCCCGCUGGACACCUGCCGCAACGCCACCGAGUGCGUGUUCCCCCUGGCCUUCACGCAGGAGGAGGCCGUCGUGGUCGAGGUCCCGGCGCAGGAGCGACUCCAGGAACUCCACUCCUUCGAGGUGACGACCACCUGCCAGCCGCGAGUCCCCGUCUACAUGGUGUUCAUCCUCCUCGUUCCCUUCAUCAUCCUGCUGUUCGCUUUCCAGUGAUUCCUUUCCUCCUUUUGAAUGUUCGUGUUUUCGAAUUUUCAAGCAAAAGCGUAAAUGCUCGUCUGUUCGUCCAUUUCGCCUUCCUUGAGAGGGCCAAGUUGCAGCGUUCGAAGCUGCGGAUUAUACCAGUGUCAAAGAGAGAAACGACAUCGACUGUGGCAUUGUCAAGGUGCAUCAGAUGUUGCAAGCAAGCGGUGUUAUCAAAAGGCAUGCAUUCAAAAGACUUGGCGUUUUGUACAUAUAAAUAAGAAUGCAGGAUCUAGUGGACUUCCCCCGUGUGAUUAAAAAACAAACCAGGAAGUGACUCUGGGCAGGACAAAACCAGUGUCGUUUAAUUGGGAGUAACAAAGGCCCGGAAGAGAACAGGCGCGGAAGGCGUGUCUUCGGGGCCUGUCGGAGGCAACUGGCAUUAUCCUUCUCUCGCCUCCCGCUGCCCGAGGCCGGCCACGCGCCUGCGCAAAGCUAUCUGCCAAAACACGUGCUUCUCGAAUCGCCUUUAAACUAGUCAUUUCCUCCCAGAGGUCAGUGACGCCUGGCUCAGAGUUCACUUUGACGGCGGCGAUGACGAACGCUGGUGGCGCUGGUGCCACUUGGGUCGCGUGUUGUAAAUAUCUCUCCUCCUCGAAGUGUGAUAUCAUGAUGUUCUCUUUUAGACUCGAUUGAACGAGUAAAUACAAAGUGAUCUUGUAGUGAGCUCUGGUUCCCUGAAAAUCUUUUAAAAAUAGUUUGUGGAGUGCAACUCUGAAAUGAAUCCAUACUCAAAAAGGUUUAAAGUUUAGAUGUAAACCACUACUACUUUUACUACCACUACUUUUACUAUCACUAAUAGUAUUACUUCUACCGUUACUUCAUUCAGUUGCUGUCACGAUCAUUGUCAUGGCAUCUUCAAUCAUUAUUAGUUAUUAAAAUUGUUUUUGAAUCCAUGUUUGCUAUGCAUUUCUGAGAACAAUGAGGGCAUGUGGUUGCCAUAGUAUUAGGUUGAUUAAGAAGUCUUUCCCAUAAACAUGUAAGGUGUGUUUUGGUUUAUGUAGGCGUUUGCCUGGUUUUAUGUAACCCUUAGAGUGUCAUCUGUAGUGUUUUUUUUUUCUUGCUCUGAGAUGGUUGGGUCGUUUCCAGGAAGGGAAAGGCUGUUAAGUGUCACACGCUUACAACCUUGUAAAAAAAAUGUAUAUUCCAUACGCUGUGAUUGUGGACAUUCUUGCUUAAUGACUUGAUGCAGAUUGUUAUCCGAUCUUGGGAUGGUUAUUGAAAAACAAGAGAGUAAAGCAUGCACGUAAAGAUUGCUUCCAUUGAUACAAGCAAGUGAUGUAGGCUUUUAUCAUGUCAAAGGAAUUGAGUAUUUGGUCUGCCCAUUGAAUCCACCGCUACUGUAGCACUCGCCAGAAAAUAAGCAUCCUGAAAUAUUUGAAAUUCCAAGGGAUAGGCUACAGUACGUGUGAAAAUGCCCUCGACACGCCGAUCUGGUGGUAGUCUGAUAUUGGGGUAGUUUUGUACAUCUGCUCUGUCUUCUGCAGAGUAGUUUAUGCCAACAAAAUGAAGGCUGAUCUCAUUAUUACCUGUCGCUUUUCACCCGAGAAGAAAUCCUAAAUUUGAUUCAUCGAUUACUUCGGUGCUGUUGGUUUCAUUUUUUUUCUUUCGAUAGUAAAUAGUUCGUCUAUUUAUAAAAGUGGUAGUUUGACGAUGUUUUCGAUUGAGGAAAAUCAAUUAUCUCGCUCUUCCGCUUUUCUCUAAUAUAUAAUUUUUGUAAUAUGAAAAUCUUUAGCGUCAUAUUGUUUGGCGAGAACCAAAUCGUCAUUUUCAUGGGUGACACAAAAAUUGUAAUUAAAACCCUCACAUGCAUUCCACAGAUCAUUUCUUUAUUAUUUAGCUUCUUUGCCAUGUAUUCUGUAUGUACACACGGUCUUGUGCAUCAUGUGACCCCAACAUUGUGCCUUGAAGCCAGUACAAAUAUGUAUAUAUGUGAAUGUCAUUUGUAUUGAAUUCUGUUUCUUUGUAAAUUAUUUUGUACCAUUGCUCACGACAAAAUAUAACUGUUAACAAAA